AUGUUUUAUCGAAUUCGAUUUCCUUUAAUACAAUUUUAUCGAAAUUAUUCUAUGAAACAUGAACCUAUACAUCGAAUUAUUUAUUCAUCAUCAACAAAUAUUUGGUUUAAUUUAGCAACAGAAGAAUGGUUAUCAAAUACAAUUAAACCAAAUGAACAUAUUUUAUUUCUUUGGCAAAAUGAUAAAUGUGUUAUUAUUGGACGAAAUCAAAAUGCUUGGAAAGAAUGUUUUUUAGAACGAAUGGACAAUGAUGGAGUAUUACUUGCACGACGACGAUCUGGUGGUGGUGCUGUUUAUCAAGAUUUAGGCAAUACAUGUUUUACAUUUCUUGUUUCACAAGCUCAUCAUAAAUUAGAUAAAAAUCUCAAUUCAAAAAUUCUUCUUGAUGCUCUUCAAUCAUCAUUUAAUAUUCAAGGUCAUAUUCAUGGUCGAAAUGAUCUUGUCUGUGGUUCAGAUAAACGUAAAUUUUCUGGUUCAGCUUAUCAAAAUACUCAUCAAUUUUCUCUUCAUCAUGGUACAUUAAUAACUCAUGUUGAUACAAAUGCUAUGAAAAAAUAUUUAAAUCCAAAUAAAGAAAAAUUAAAAUCUAAAGGUGUUGAUUCUGUUCAAGCACGUGUUAUUAAUUUAUGUGAAAUAAAUCCAUCAAUUAAUCAUAAAGAUCUUUGUUUAGCUAUUGAAAAAUCUUAUCGUCAAACAUAUUCAAAUAAUAAAAUUCAACCUAUUGAAAUUUUAUCACGAGAAACACUUAAUUUAAUACCUGAAUUAAAUACAUCAUAUAAAUUUUUUAGUGAUUCACAAUGGCGUUAUGGACAAAAAAUUUCAUUUACACAUGAAUAUGAAAAACGUUUUCCAUGGGGAACAAUAUCAAUUGGAAUUAUAUCUCAACGAGAUGGACUUAUUCAUACAUGUGAAAUUUAUUCCGAUUCAUUAUAUGUAAAUAUGAUUAAUCGUUUAAAAGAAAAUCUUAUUGGAAAAAUUUAUACUGGUGAAAGUAUUCGACAAAUUUGUCAACAAACACGAAAACAAGUUGAAACUGAACAAGAAAAAACAAUGAUUGAUGAUAUACAAUCAUGGAUUUUAACACAAAUUUAA